AUAACCCAACAGCUUCCACCUGCCCAGGUGCGUCUCUUUGCGCUGACGUAAUCGUUGCGCAGCUUCCGACUGACAGGUCGGAAGAGAAAGGAGGAGACACCUCGUCAGGUCACCUGUCGCCAGUUAAAGCCUCCCCAGAAGAAGAAAGAUAAUGAAUCCCAUCCCGUCCAACCUGAAGUCCGAGGCCAAGAAAGCCGCCAAGAUCCUGAGAGAGUUCACUCAAAUCUCUAACCGGACCGGACCGGACAAACUUAUCCCUGCUCAUAUUAUAGCGAAGGCUGAAGGUUUGGCCAUCAUCUCAGUCAUCAAGGCAGGCUUCAUGGUCACCGCCAGAGGAGGCAGUGGGAUUGUCAUCGCCAGACUCGCCGACAGACGUUGGUCGGCACCUUCAGCUCUUGGCAUAGCUGGUCUUGGUGGAGGCUUUGAGCUCGGUGUGGAGGUGUCGGACCUGGUGAUCAUCCUGAACCAGCGGAGAGCGAUCGAGGCGUUCACGAAGGGUGGCAACCUGACCCUGGGUGGCAACUGCACCGUCGCCGUGGGACCCAUGGGCAGGAACCUGGAGGCUGACGUCGCCCUGCGCAGCACGGCUGCCGUCUUCACCUACUGCAGAUCCAGAGGUCUGUUUGCAGGGAUUUCUCUGGAGGGAUCCUACCUGAUUGAACGCAAGGAGACCAACCGCAAGUUCUAUGGUCAAGAGAUCCGGGCUUCGUGUAUUUUGAAUGGUGACGUUGAGCCUCCAUCAGAGUUCUGCGACCUUUACCACAUCCUGGACGAGUACACUGAGGCCUACACCGCUGACUGGACUAAAAAGAACAUGCGAGCUAAGUCAGUUCCUCCAUCCAGACCUCCAGCUCCAUCCCAGAAGAAAGCCCAAAGCAGCUACCAGCAGCAAACGGCCAAUUCCGAGAAGAAAAAUAGGCUCUACCCAAGCGUUUCUGUCUACAAGUCUGAAACAUCAGAUCAGUUCGCCUCCUGGGAUCCUCCGAGCUACGCUCAGUUGGAAUCCGUCGACCCUCCAACUUAUGAUGCAGGAGUGUCCUCAGCAUCAAGGGGCGGAGCCACUGGCUCUCUGGUCGUCACGGCAACCCACCCCUUCACAGGGCAGGAGCCCGGUGACCUGAGCUUUGUCCCCGGGGACCAAAUCACCGUCAUCACCAAGACCGAUUCCCAGUACGACUGGUGGGAGGGACAACUGGAUGACGGGCGCGUUGGGAUAUUUCCUGCCAACUUUGUUACUUACUGAUGUCGCCCCCUGGUGGUUGGAUUGAUGAUAGAUAAGUGGAAAGGUCAAGCGAACAAAAACUACAGGUUCUGACAAGUCAUUCAAAUUUUUUUAAACUUUUAUGAUGAAGGAUUUUUUUUAUAAAUAAGCAAAUUAAUACACUUUUUAGCCUUGGUUCAAUAUUUUUUGGGUGAUUUGACACGUAAAACAGAGUUUAAUAUAAUUAGUGGAACUUUGGGGAUUUUCUUUAACUUCUCACCUGGAUUAGUUAGUGAAAAUUUGAACAUUGCAGUUGAUUUAACUCGUAUAACAUACCUAACUUUUCCACCAGCUGACAUUAAUUGAUUCUUUAGGUUUUACUUUAAAUACUAAUGAUAAUAUUAAGAUUUAAGUGAAGACUACAGCUAGAAACUGUUAACAGACUCACUACUUCUGGUUGGUUGUGUUUUUUCCAAGUAUUACAGCUGAGGGCUGUAUUUCCUGUUUCUUUUCCCUUCAAAAUAAAACUCCCGGGGCUCGGCGGUUUAAAUUCUGACCUCACUUAGAUGAUCUGACAUGAACAUGUUUAGUUGGUGGAGACGUCAUCUUCACCCCAUGGGUUGUUUUACGGUCUGUUACAGUUUCUGCACUAAUGAGGACUAAACUAUAUUUUAUACAAACACAGAACAUGUGUGUGGUGUUGGUUUCAUGCAUGGCGAGUUGUGAAUAAAAACUUUUUAAACUGA